CCUCCUUCUCCUUCUCCUUCUCCUUCGUAGUUUGAAACCCUAAAAGUUCCCCAAUUUACGCACCAUUAUAGAGAUAUAGAGAUGGGGAGGGGGUUCCCGCUCUCCUCCAGGGAGGUGGCAUUGUCCAUGAGCAUUGUCGCUAGCUUCGGCUUCGGCCUCGGCGCUGUCUAUCUCUCGAUGCCCGCAUCGGAUUAUAGCUUUCUCAAGCUGCCCAGAACUCUGGAAGAUCUCCAGAUUCUCAGGGAUCAUCUUGAAAACUACACUAGUGACUAUACCAUACAAGUCUUGGUUGGCUACUUCGUGGUGUAUAUCUUUAUGCAGACCUUCAUGAUUCCAGGGACUAUUUUUAUGUCCCUUCUUGCCGGGGCUCUCUUCGGAAUUGCUCGAGGUGUAAUUCUGGUGGUCAUUGCAGCGACGGCCGGUGCAUCUUCUUGCUAUUUUCUUUCGAAAUUAAUAGGAAGGCCACUAGUACAUGCAUUAUGGCCAGACAAGUUGGGUUUCUUCCAAGCUCAGGUGGCCAAAAGAAGAGAGAAGCUUCUGAACUACAUGCUCUUCCUUAGAGUCACCCCUACACUGCCAAACACCUUCAUUAAUGUUGCAUCACCUAUAGUCGGUGUGCCUUACCAUAUCUUCUUCUUGGCAACCUUCAUCGGUCUCAUCCCAGCUGCAUAUGUAACAGUCAGGGCUGGCCUUGCUCUUGGAGAGCUAAGAUCACUUGGUGACCUCUAUGAUUUCCAGGCCGUCGCCACUCUUUUCUUUAUUGGCAUUGUUACUGUCACGCCGACACUGAUAAGCAAGAGCCAGAACAAGAAUGUCGAUUAGAGGGAUUCUGAUAGAGGAUAUGCACAUAGAGCUUUCAUCAGUGGACGGGGCUGAACUGAUGAAUUUGCUCAAAUAGAGAUACCAACGGAGAGCUCGAGGUAUUGAUAUCAACACACCUACCUGUCAUGAAUUCUAGCGUUUAUCUUCGAGGUUCCUAUUCCGACUAUCAAACAAAGUGAACAUGACCAACUGAAUUACGUGCUUGGUUUCUUUUGAAUAUUUCAUUUAUGAUUGUAAAUUCUAUUCUCUUCCUGUCACUCAAACAAAUCUUUCAGUUAAGUUCAAAGGAAACUGACCAAAUUCUACCA